AACGCUUCCUGGUCAGGCUAACAUGCUCCCAGCAGUGAACUUUGUAUUGACACUAAGGCAUGUGUACCAAUACUCUGUUAUUGCUUGAUCACCACUGGUUUCAAAGGAGUGCAAGUGAUACCUGCCAGAGAAACAAGGGGACACACUGCACAGAUAUGUAUUAACUACACCCCAUGCUUCAUUAAUCUGAGCAAUUGGUGGCAUUAACAUAAAGAGCCUGCACUAGCUGGCUAAACCUAUGUGUAAUAUCUUCUAAUCUGAAUUUAGCUAGUAUUUGAAGGAAAUUACCCUUUGUAUUGAUGCAUUAGUGCUUGAACAGUUGUAUUUGGAAUUUAAAAAGAAAUAUGAUUAAAUCACAGUUGCUGCCAGCUGAGUUUAAUUGUUGUGUAAUAACUGCUUUCCAGAAGCCCACAGAUUUAGAAAAAGAAAAUGGGACUUUUCUUAACGACACAGAUUCCUACAAUUUUGAGAAAACAAAUUCAGCUCUCUACCACAAUGCCAAAACUGAAUGUGAUGGGCAGUGGAGCUGCAGCGGAGUAAUCCUCAACAGGCGUUUGGGCUUGGUGCUUUGCCACGCAUCUGUAUUUUUCCCUUUUUUGAAAAAAAAGGAAGCAGAUUUUGUUUGGACUGAGCGAACUCAUAUUUUAGGCAACGAGUUCCCAGCAGAUCUUACAAUACAAAUAGAAUGCCCUGCAGAAUCCAGAAUGGAAAAUCACCUCAAAGACAAAGUUCUAGAACACAAACUGGGACUUGGUCUAAUUCCAAUGGCAAAUCAAGCUAGUUUGAGGGCUGAGCGAAAACAGCAUCAGGGCCAGCUCCUCAUGCUUGUUCCCUGUCCAGAAUUCCAAAAGGCAUUUUCCAGGUUGUUUAACAAAUCGGAGGGGUGGGCAUUUUCAAGCGAAGAGGAGAAAGAAGAGUAUGGCGAAAUGAAAAAGGAUCUUGCUUACCUGCAUUGGUUUGCAGUUCUGAAACUGCAAAAUCCUCUGACCAUAUCUUGUCCUAAAAUAAGUAUCAUGGAUGCUAAAAAAUUGCAAAAAGGAAGUUCAGUGUUUGCUUGUGGUUCCCCUUUUGGCUCUUUUUACCCCGACAUUUUUCUAAAUACCAUUAGUAAAGGGGUACUCAGUAACAUAGCAGGAGACCGGAAUGUUGUUCUUCUAACCGAUGCCCGCUGUUUGCCAGGUUCAGAAGGUGGUGGGAUAUUUUCUGUUGAUGACGGUGUAUUACACUUGGUGGGAAUUGUAGUGGCACCACUUUGCUGGAAGACAAAUGAAUGGGUUGGACUUACAUUGGCUUGUGCCAUUAGCCAUAUUCUAGAAAACCUUAUGAAAGCUUUUGCAAUGUCUGGUAUGAAUGUAAAAAAACAACUAACUCAAUUAAUGCCAACGGAAAGUUGUGUAACUGAACUUGAGAGACUACUACAACCAAUAGAACAACUAUUAUCCUCCGUUGUUUUAGUAGACUCUGGCCAAGUUUGGGGAUCUGGGGUGUUGUUGAACUCAAACAUUGUGUUAACCUGCCGCCAUGUGCUAAGGGGUGCAUCCAAAGUGUCUGUGAAGAUUAGACCUCCUACAUCAGAGAAGUAUGUUACACAUAUAAUGUUUGUUUUCUGGUAAAGUUUAAAACUGCUUACUUUUACAAAAAAUCUUUCAUUAGAUCAGUGUAUUUCUGGCCUCAGAUAUGAUCCUGAAGUACGAUGAUGACCUCAUCAUAUCAAAAAUAUCCUUGAAUUGGGCCAAGUUAAAAACCCAAACUAUCAAGCAGGCCAAAUAGCUCAGGAAUUGGCUUCUGGUAUAUUGUUGAGGAAUAUGGAACAAAGCAGAGUGGUGGUCCCCAGUACUUCCACUUUACCAGGAUGAAUUGCCCCCUUUCUCUUUUUGGUAUACAGUUAUGGAUUGGGUGUGCCGUGCUUCCAACUCCAAGAACCUGUUUCACCAAGAGCAAUUAAGGCUAAAUGUUAGCAGUUCAAUACCUUCCAUAAUAUGUUUCAUCAAUAUGCAAUAAAACACCUCAUCCUAUAUUUACCCCAAUCUUUUAAAAAUAUAAAAAAUAAGCCAUUACCCUUCCCAAAUCUUUCAAGCAACACUCUAUACAACUGAAGUGCUAAUGCUUAACAGACAAUCUACUCUUUCACACCUUAUAAAAAUGUAAGGUGCACCCUCCCUGCUGUCUAUUAAACAGCCAGUAGGUGCUCUUUUUAAAUUGCUUUGUGUGCCAGCAUAAAGUGGAAAUGAAUGCUUCUCGUGGAUAAGCAUUGCCAGUACUUCUUUCAUAAUAUUUUUAGGUGAGCACCCUCCCUCCUAGUGUUUAUCUAUGAUAAGCAUUCUACUGGAUGCAAUGUGGAUACUGUCUCAUCGCUGAAUUACAAGUUAGUAAUCGGUUAUUUUAAAGGAAGUGAUGACGUCCAUAGUGUUCAUCUCACUCGUUAAGGUGCGUCAAACUCCUGGGGGGUUGUCUUACCUUAUGGGGUUAAAAUAUUUACAAACGGUUUAAUCCCAAAAUGCUCCAGAUGGCCCUUGGACCUGGAGGUCAGCUAACACUGUUAACCUAUUGCUGGCUUUCCAUUUGGAAAAAUACAUUAGAAAUGACUGUUUCUAGUACGUAAGCAACUAGUAGGCAAAUAACAAUAAUUUGAAAUAACUCUUGGUGUUUCUGCAUUCUCUGCAAUUAUUAAUUUUCGCAGCUUCUGGUAAGUUUUUACCAAACCAUUCACGAAAGCUAGGCAAUGGCAUCAUAUACAGGAGUAUUUUUGGAACACAGAUAUUAACACUGCAGGUUCAAGGAGGUAAAAUGUUGGCUUACAGAGCAGUGGUAUAAGAAAUACAAAUAAAAAAUCACAACAAAACAAGACCAAUGACAAAACACCCAACAUUAAUUACUGUAAGCUCACCUAGACAUUUCACCCCUAUAAUUUUAUUGUUCUUGUUACUGAUGGAUAUUUAUUCAUAUUCCAGUCCCUGAUUUGUUUUGUAGUUAACCUGAUUGUAGUUAAUGACUUUAAACUCAAAUGGAUUCAUUUAGAUCUUUCUUUCAGGUAUCGGGCAAUUAAAGGAAAAGUGUUGUUUGCUAGCAGCGAAUCAUCUCCUUAUGACAUUGCAGUUGUGGAAUUAGAAGAAGUUUUUCAUGGAAUUCCAAACCCAGUUUUGUCAUCUCACUACAAUGUCGGUAUGUACAUACACUAACAGUGUAUUUUGAUAUGUAGCCACAAUGGAAACCUCUAAGCAGUGUCAAUUUUAGAAGAAAGACACUGAAAGUAUAUUUUUCUUUAUGUAUUUCUAAAUUCAACAGACAAAUGUAAAAUUUUCCCAUUGAUACUGUUUUUCUUUCAGUUUCCCAUCAUGUCAUGUGUGUUCACCAUUAUCAGGAAUGCAAGUUCUGUAGGAUAUGUGCUGAUUUACUGAUUGAUUUUAUGCCUUUAAUCUUUCUUAAAGCCCAGAAUAGUCUACACUGUUUAAUGUGUGCGACAGUGUCUUUUUUUUAUUUUUUUUAAACCUGGUGUCUUUCUGUAAGUUUAAAGGAACACUAUAGUGGCAGGAACACACACAUGUAUUCCUGAUAUUAUAGUUUUAAAAAUAGCUAUUUAGGUGUCCUGUCUACCCUCUGUGGAGAAAUUAGGUGUUUAAGCUUAUCUCCCCUUUUCUCCCACGCCGUGUCGGUCGUGCUGCAGCUGGCCAUGCCUCACUCUGCCUACAUGGCUGAGAACAUCAAACAUUAUGAUCUAAAACCAAUUCAUUGCUUUCCCAUAGGAAACUACUUUAUUCUUUAAAGUGGAUUGGUCACCUUCUGAGGUAAUAUUUUGCAAAGACUCCAGAUGGUGAUUGCUCUGCUUGUAUUGUUCUACUUGCAGUGGCCAGAGGGCGAAGGAGAAAGUAUUGUUUUACUUACCUAAACUUCUCCCUCGCGUGUGCUGCGAUCUAUUUUCACAAGGUCCUCUUCAGAUUCUGGCGCAUCAUCUGCCAGGUGCCAUAUCGGCUCUGUGCGUCUGUGGAGGAUAUGGAGAUUCACAAUAGAAAACGUCUAUUUCGGCUUAGGGCUUGACAAAAAGUACCUCCAUAUUUUGCGAAGUGUAGGAAAAAUACAUAAGAUAAAGUAGUCCAUACUUUGUCAUAUAUCUUUUGACUGUUUGGAUUUUCACUGGCUAGCACAGUACCCUUAUUUAGUGUUAAACUGCUCAAAAAUGGUUUAAAACUGAAUGGAAUGACAGUGCCAGAGGAUGCCAGGCACUAUAACCAAUUAAAUUAGAUGAAAUGGCUAUAGUGCCUACAGUCACUUCAGGGGGCCCAGCCGCCCUGCGGACCCCUGUGACCAGGUACCCGCCAUCACCCUUUGCGGCCCCGGCCCAUGCGGGAAACCGCCGGGCCGCUGUCAAAGAGGUGCAUUGGCCCAUGCUGUCAGGGCCAACCGAUGGAUAUGGAUUGUACUGCACGUCACUCCUCCCAGCUAUCACUGAGCCCGUGCGGGAGGAAGCAGAGGGAGUCAGAGUGGAACUCUGACUCAUAUCCACCUAAACCACCACUGGACCCCAGUGAAAGUCACCCUCCUGCACCUAAAAGGUAGGAAACAGGAGGGUGACUUAAAUAUUAUGUGUAUGUGUCUAUCUGUGUGCCUGUCUGAAUGUAUGUAUAUGUGUGUGUCUGUCUGUGUGUAUGUAUGUGCACCUUGUCUGUCUGCCUGUGUGUGUGUGCCUGUCUGUUUGUAUGUGUGUGCCUGUCUGUUUGUAUGUGUGUGUGUGUGCCUGUCUGGAUCUGUAUGUAUAUGUGUGUGUGUCGGUCUGUUUGUGUGUGUGUGUGUGUGUCGGGGGGGGGGGCACGGAUCAGUUUUGCACCGGGGCCCCAUUGUGUGUGUGUGUGUGUGUGUGUGUGUACACCACUGCCUACUUUCCCUUUAAACCAUAAAUUAUAUUGGAAUUACAAAUAUUAGGCCAAAUUAUCAAAAGUAGUAACAUUCUCCAUCUCAGCUAUUUUUGUAGAAGAUACAGAUUUUUUUUUUUCAAGGACCUCAGACUGGUGGCAGAUUUGCUAUUAUUUAGCAGGUAAUUCCACAUAUGUUAAAGGGACACUAUACUGUUCAGAAUAACUACAGCUUAUUGUAUUUGUUCUGGUGAGUAUAGUCAGUCCCUGCAGGCUUUUUGCAGUAAACAAUGUUUUUUUCAGAGAGGGAGUGUUUUUAACACUCUAGAGUCAGGAAUACGUGUGUGUGUGUGUGUGACCCUAUAGUGUUCCUUUAAAACUCUAUGGGGAAAAAGCUGCUGGACCAACAUCCUUUUUGAGGAAAGUGAGGAUCAAGAAGUGAAAAGGUGGACAGCUUUUUUUUUUUUUUUUUUAAUUCUUUAUUUUUGCUCAACAGACAUAGCAAGUAAGCAUCAACGUUUGGGCUUACGCAGAAGCCAGUUUGAAUAUAAUUCUUGAUAUAGUCAUGCAGUUCAAACAUUACAAUAUAUGCCCAUGCUUGAUGAAACCAUUAGGGCCUGCCGUCCGUUAAGGGUUUUUAUAUAUGUAAUAUAAUUCCCUAAUGUUUCGGUUCUACAGGAAUACUCAAGUGUGCAUUAGUAAUGUCGCUUGCGCAGGAGCAAACUUUGGUAUAACAUUUAAUUGUACAAUAUGUUUCAUUUGAAUCUUGUGGCAUUUUUCUUGAAAUCUUUAACGUCCGUUUCCCGUCGAAAGUUUUAUAUUUUCAGGCCUUUAGGUAUAUCUAUAGGAGUCUUAGUCCAAGAUCUGUAUUAUAUUUCUAGGUCUCCCAUUUCCUUCGUUACGUGGACCAUGCCUGAAGAGGUUUAUAUACUAAAUAUAUAUUAAAUUAGGAAAGGAAACUCUUUCCGUUAAGAGUCGGGAAGUGAGAGAAAGGAGAGUAGAGAAAGAGAGACUGAGUAGAUAGUAGGAAGUAAGAAAGUGGGUGCAGCAUCCGGGAAGCCGCGAGAGAAAAGGCUAGGGGGCGAGAGCCGGGGGAACAGAAGGCACUUCCAGGACCCCUUAUGCCAUGUGUGAUGAUUUAAUCCCCCGGUCAGAGGAGACCCCCGUUACUAGGUCACCUUUACUUCACCUUUUCAGUCUUAUCUGUCUUCCCUGGAUCCCACUACACUAUUAUCCCAUGGCUCCCAAAGUCUUAGAAAUGUUUCUGUCGAUCCCUUCACUCUUGCUGUCAGGUCGUCCAUAAUCCUACAUUCGCGGAUCCUGGCUAUCAUUCCCGGAAACUCUGGUCCGUCUGCUGAUAGCCACCCAGUUGCUAUUGUUCGUCGCGCGCUUAGAGUUAUUUUAUGGAUUAGUUUCUGCUCUCUCCUGGUCCAUCCGUCUAUAGACCUGUUUAGUAGGUAUACCCAUGGAUCUCUAGCUAGGGGCCUGUUAAAUAUUUGUUUCAGUAGGUCUUCCGUUGCUUUCCAAAAUCUAAAAAUUUUUGGGCAUUCCCACCACAUGUGAAGGUACGUUCCUCGGGCUCCACAGCCCCUCCAGCAAUCAUCCGUAUCCAUUUUGUGCAUUUUAUAUAAUUUUAUGGGGGUGGUAUACCAUCUUAACAUGGUUUUCCACGUCUGUUCUUGUAGCGUGACACAUAUAGAAGCAUUUUAUUUGCUUCCCAUAUUUCUUGCCAUUCAAUUCCAUCUAGCUCUUCUCCUAGUUCUGUCUCCCAUUGGUCGGUAUAAGAUUGCCGCCCCCAUUCUUUGGUUUCUGUGCUAAGGUGAGCGUACAUCAAGGUUAUCAUGCCCUUGGGGGUCAUCCCGUCUAGGCAUAGUUUUUCAUAGAAAGUCAUUCCUCCCUGAGCUGCUGCCUUUAUGUGUGGUUUCCUUGCGAAGUCCCGGAUCUGUAUAUAUCUAAAGAAGUCUGUUGGGGUUAGAUGGUUAUCUUGUUGAAGGUCCGCAAAUUGAAUGAGGUUCCCAUUGUGGUAUAGCUGGUGGAUCCGUUGUAGUCCUGUUCUUUCUAAAUUUCGAAAGUCUCUAGGAGCCAUUCCAGGUUGGAACUCCCUAUUUCUGAGAAUUAGAGUCAGGGGGGAGGGGGAGGCCGCCAGUCCAUACUUGAUUUUGUUUGUGUCCCAUAUUUGGAGCGAGUUGAGUAUGGACGGGCAAGUCACCUGUAUGAUGGAUCUAUAAUCUUUUGGGAUCCACAUAGUGAACUGGGGGACGUCCCAGCCCACCAUCAUGGACUCCAUCUCGACCUAUCUCCUCUCUUCCGGUGGGGAAUGCCACAUAGCCACCUGUUUCAACUGGGCUGCAAGGUAAUAGAAAUAUAGGUUUGGUAGGCCCAAUCCCCCUCUCUCUUUACGUCUAUAGAGAACCUGUCUAGAUAUCCUGUGCCUCUUGUUCUGCCAAAUGAAGUCUUCUAUUGACCGUUGUAGCGGAUUCAGUUGUGUUUUAGUAACGCGGAUAGGCAAAGCUUGGAAUAAGAAUAAAAUCUGUGGGAGGAUGUUCAUUUUAACAGAGUUAAUCCAGGAGAUGGGCUUAUCUAUCCACCUUUCUAAGUCUUCCAUCAACGUCCUGGUUAAGGGACCAUAGUUUGCGGAGUGGAGGCGUGCCGAGUCUGCUGUUAAGUGUAUACCCAGGUAUUUUAAGGAUUCUCUUUCCAUCCUGAUUCGGUAGGUCUGCUGUAUCCGACUUAUUUCGUCUUCUUUCAGGCCAAUUGGCAUAGCACUGGAUUUUUGCAUGUUUGCCUUAUACCCAGACAGUUCUUCGUAGUCUUUGAUAACUUCCUGUAGAACCGACAUAGAUUCCAAGGGGUUCGUAAUGGUCAAAAGAACGUCAUCCGCGUAUGCUGAGACUGUAAACUUUCUGUCUCCUACCCGUACUCCUCCAAUACCUCAAUGUUGUCUUAUCACUUGCAUCAAGGGUUACAGUGCUAGCACAAACAGGAGGGGGGAGAGUGGGCACCCCUGCCUGGUUCCAUUGUAGAGUCGGAAUGGUUUCAUUGGGGCACCUGUGAUCUGUACUUGUGCUCUUACUUCAUGGUACAUCGCUUUCGUGGUAGUUAUAAAUUCUUCCGGGAAUCCCAGGUGGUUCAGCACCGUAAAGAGGAAUUGCCACCUCACCCUAUCAAAGGCCUUUUUCGCAUCUAUGGAGACCACUAAAGUGCGGACCUCGGAGGCCACUUGUUUCCAAAUUAGAUCUAUGUUCCUCCUGGUAUUCUCGAACAAUUGUCUGCCCUGAAUGAAGCCUACUUGAUCUGCGUGUAUGAGUGAGUUUAGUAGUGGGUUCAGUCUAUCAGCUUGGAUUUUUGCCAAUAUUUUCAGAUCCUGGUUAAUCAGCGAUAUGGGUCUGUAGUUUUCUGGUUGGAACGUGUCUUUGUCGGAUUUGGGUAUCAAUACGAUGGUAGCUAGGGUCAUGUCUGGGUUUAGAAAUCCCCCCUGUUUCAUGUAAUCAAAGAGUCUCAUCAGUUGAGGUGUAAGUUCUUCCUUGAAGGUCUUAUAAUACGUACCAUCAAAUCCAUCAGGUCCUGGAGCCUUGUUAUCUUUCAAGUUUGAUAUGGCUCUAUAUACUUCCUCUACAGUAAUUUCAGCAGUCAGGCUACUUACUGCCUCUCUCCCAAGUUUGGUCAUCCCGAGGUUAUUCAGGUAUCUGAGGAUAUGUUCUUCUUCGUGUCCAUCAAGAGUGUUUGUAUCCGGUGUGUGGUUGUAUAGUCUUUUGUAGAAGUCCUCAAAAACCUUUGAGUUUGUCGCUCCAUCUGGAUGUUUGAUGGCCGUGAUGUGGGAUCGUUCUUGUCUAGGUCGCAAUGUUCGGGCUAGGAGUGAAUCCAUUUUAUUGGAUUUCUCGUAAAAAGUUUAUUUCGACCAAACCAUGGUCGAGUGGUAUCAUCUAGCAGUAGCGUUCGAAUGUUCCUUCAUACCGCUUCCAAUUUCUUAUAGGUCUCAUUGUCAGGUGUCGUUUGAUGUUUCUGUUCAAGGGUCCCUAAUUGACCCAUCAGGGUGUCCAGUUGUAAAUGUUUCAAUCUCUUCUUUCUAGUGGCUAAUUUUAUAAGGGUCCCCCUUAUUACCGCUUUGUGGGCCACCCAUGUUGAACCCGCACUGACGUCUGGGGUGUUGUUUGUGACAAAAUAUUCCAAUAUUUCAGUCCGUAUCUGUUCUCUUAACUCCGGGUCCUGUAAUAAAGAUGUGUUCAGUCUCCACGUCCAUGGCGACGCCAUGCACAGAUUGCCAAACGUAAUGGACACAUCAGCAUGGUCCGACCAUGAUAUAUUACCAAUCUUGGAUUCUACAAUCCUGGGCAUGCCCGUCGCGUUAGUCAAGAAGAGAUCUAUCCUGGAGUAUGUACCAUGAGGUGCCGAAUAAAAUGAGUAGUCUUUGUCUCCCAGGUGGUGCGCUCGCCAUACAUCCAUUAGGCCUGUGUCUAUUAUGAAUUUUUUAAACAAUCGAUCUUGUCCACCUCGUCCCUGGGACCUCGGUGUUCCGCCUCUAGUGCUCCUGUCCACUGCCGGGCACGGGGUAGCGUUGAAGUCCCCUCCCACAUAGGUCAUGCCAUGUGGGAGUGAUGAGAUUUUCUCCCAGAGCGUGUUCCAGAACGAGGGGUCCUGUUGGUUCGGAGCAUACACGUUAAUCAGGUGAAUGGUAUGUGAGUAUAAAAUGCCCGAGACGAUAAUCUAUCGGCCUUCUGGGUCUGUUUCCUGGGCCGUCUUCCGAAAUGGGCAGCUGUUUCUGAUUAGUAAAGCCACUCCGUUGAGUUUACAUUGUGAUCUUGCUUCAUGUGAUCCAUUGAAGGUAUGGGCUUUUAGGUUAACAUGUUUGUUUUGAUAGGUGGGUUUCCUGGAUAUAUGCAAUAUCCGUCUUUAGUCUCUUUAAUUCUUUAAACAUAAGGCGGCGCUUCUUAGGGGCAUUGAGACCCUUUACAUUCAGUGUGAUUUUAAUCAUUGCAACGUGUUUGUUUAUUUCUGUUGUGAAGGUCCAGGACCCGGGGUCUGUCAGCGCUCGGCUCAGUACUAGGUCCGAUGUCCCCCCAGGGAUCCCCCCACCUCCACCGCUCCCCAAAGCCGCACCACAUAGAGGAAAGAAAGAAAGGAGGAGAUAGUGAAGAAGAAAAAUGACAUCCGAUUCCAGUCAGAUGAGUAAAAGGAGAAACACUGGUCUUACCCUUUGCCAGGGUCUUGUGGGGAGCACGUUCCUUCAUCCCUUCCACAGUCAAGGCAAGGAGGAACUUAGGAUCCCUGGACUCCGUCACGUAUGCGCCUAUUCAAUGUGAGUUGACCUCUGAUUUGUCUAAUCUGUAUAAAUAUAAGCACUUCCUCCAUCAGGUGCCCCCUUUCAGUCUUACCCGGUUAUCAGUUUGAGGGUGUCCGGGAGUUCAGCAUUCGAUGUCCCUUCCUCCCUCGACCCCCGCCAAUCCGCCCCAUGCUCCUGUCUUUCCCGGCGCGAGACCUGCCAGUCCCAUAUAUAUCUCUCAAGCUUUUGACCCAUGGGGUUGUAUUGCAAGUGUGUGGUGUCCCUUCCCAGGGUGUGUACAUUUCCAAUACCCCGUUCCCCCCCCCCCCGCCUCUAAAGGUGUAUAUAUUAGGCAGGUACCCCUCUCCAUAUAUCGACUCUGUGCUUCUGUUGUGUAAUGUUUGUGUUCGUCGUAGCCUGACAUGACAUUGUCAGUGAAGCUAUACGUGAAAGGGUACGGUCGAAUUAUUCUGAGUCAUGUCAGAUAUGUCUCCCAUGUAGGGAGCAUUUGCAAGUGGGCUAACGUACGUCUUUCCAGGGGGUUAACUGAGCUAGUUUACAUGUCUUGUAUGUAAGGAAUAUGUACAAUUUCCUCCCUCUUAUUUCUCCUUUUUUGUUAUGGCAAAAUAGUAAUCAAUAGAUAAACACAAAGGAUAAAGGAAAGAAAUCAAGUUUCACGUUAUUACUGAAAGAUUAUAAUUUUUUUUUUUCUAUUUUCCUCCGUCUGCAUAUAGCGAUGGCGUUUAUAGAAGUCGGGAGCCUACCUCCUUAUAUAGGUACCAGGGCGUCGCGGGAGAAGGGUUUCAGGGGAGAGCAACGCAGAGGGGAGGGAUGACAGGACCGUAAGGUGCCUAUGCGUCCGUAUGUACAUUAAGUUUAGUAGUGACCCCCCGACUCAUGUAUAUCGGUGGGAAAGGAGUGGCCCCGUGCCCUAUCUCUCGCUUCCGCCCCCCCCAACCACCCCUCCAUAUGCUAUCUUCAACGACAUUGUAUACAUCAAUACAGUGCUAGAGUUUCAUUCAGUACCAUAGUGUUCCUCAACAAAAGCAUGGGGCAGUUAUAAUUGGUCCAGAAUACAUUAUCUCAGAGUGACUGCCUUAUCCAUCCAUCUUACCUAUACAAACAAUAUAUAACAUAUGUGUAGAACAUCAACCGCCCCUUCCUCCCCUCCCCUCCUUUUUUUUUUUUCCCUUUUUUUUCAUUGAAAUUAUUUUUUUAUUUAUAUAUAUAUAUUUUUUUUCUUUGUUUUUUUUUUUUUUUUUCCUUCUUUCUUCCUUCCUUUUCGUUGUCUUUUCUCCCCCUGUUCUUGAUUGUAUGGAAGUUAAAGGAGCAUCUAUGUUUAUAACUGUCAGAACAUGUGUAAUUAUGCAAUAAUGCUUAAGUAAUUCGGGGGAGGGAAAGAUCUCGGGUCUCUGAUAAGGCCUAAAUGCAAAAGAUCAUUCCCGGUAUCUUCCCCUUGCCCCUUUUUGUUGAAGGCCAUAAUACAAUUUGUCCCUUAUGUGUCUUUAAGGUGGGGUGUCCGUUGCGAGGAGGGCCGGUCCUCCGUCCUCGGGUUGGUCUGGGCCUAUACUCCAAAAAAUAGGUGGCUAUGGGUUAAAAAUAGGUGGCUAUGGGUUGAGUGGUAAUGUAUCCCCACCUCUCCGUGUGCCAUACCGUGGUAGGAGUCCCGAGGCCCCCACAACCUGCGUCUCAGUCAGGGACAGUUCUCCGGAUUAGAUCCUUUAAAGAGUUCCUUGAAGACAAGUGCGGUAUAUCCCAUACCCCUCCCAACGCAGUCCACGUAGGGGUCAACUCCCUCCCCCACGAGAGCCCCUUUUUCCAUGUUAAAGCAGGCUGCCAGUACAAAAAAAUAAAUAAGACUAAAACGUAGCUGGAACUUGAAACUUGAACUUAAAUGUAAGAGGGGAUAAGGUAGAGCGGGCUUCCACAUUUGCUCUCUGAGUACACGGGUCAGAAGGUGGAUGUCGCCAUGUCACCCAGGGAGGGGAGAGCCCUCAAUUCCCGCCCAAAAGGAUGACUUGUAUAACCCAGGGAAAAGCACAACGAAAAAACAAAAGGUUCAGUCACGCCUCCUUAGUGCAGUAGUAAAGAAAGCGGACGAUUACGUCCCGCGGGGUAUUAGUGUCGGCCUUUUGAGGUCUCAGGGCUCUAUGCACCUUUUCUAUGUGCCAAUGCUCUUCCGUGAGGUUAGGAAGGAGAGGCUUUAGGGUGGAAAGCAGGAUCCCCCUCAAAUCUUCCUCCUUCUCCUCAGGGAGGCCUCGAAUGCGGAGAUUAUUCCUCCGUGACCGGUUGUCCAUAUCUUCCAAGGUCAGGUCGGUUUCCACCAGGUGCGAUGUCAUUCGGUUCACCCGCUCUAUGACUGCGUUGUGGGCUAGCGCGGUGACUUCCAUGCGCUCUUCCAAAAUGGCUGUGCGUUUUCCCAGGGCUCCUUUCUCCACUUGGAGAACAGCAGUUGAUUUGGCUAUUUCUCCUGUUGGAAGACCCUGACUUCAGCCAGCUUGGCCAGCACAGUAUCCUGGUCAUUGCAUGGGGCCACCUUGCCUGCCCUAGGCGAUGUUUGCGGGGAGCUCCCGUCGCCAUCUUGGCUUCCUGCACGGCCGUGCUUGUGUGUGGUGAAAUGGUCGAGGACGGAGCCCCCAGUUUAGGUGAUUUUUUUUUUUUUUUCCUGCUUCUUAGGGGGUCUCUUUUCCAUGUUGGGGAUAGUUUAUCAGGUUUGAGGUCGCUUUUGUUAUCUUUUUGGCGCAGUUGUGGCAGAGCUCUACCGAGACACGUCCAGUCUCAUCGACGGUUCGGACAACGCCCCCAGGUGGACAGCUUUUGAGAGAAGUAAUUGUUUUAACAUAUUACAAUAAUGGAUACUGUAGUUACAUUGGAGAACAAAGUGACAUAACAAAUUAUAUUUGGAAGUGAGGAGGGAAGUGAGUUCCUCAGGAAUGGUGCAGCCCUCGAGAAGUCUUGAAGGCGAGCAUCAGAGGUGGGAGUACGGACAGAAGAUAGACGUAAGUCUUCAGCAGGGCGUAAGGGCCUAGACAGGGCAUACUUGUGUAUAAGGGAUGAUAGAUAGGUGGGAGUAGCAUACAUAUUCUACUGUGUUGAUAUCAAUGAGAUAUCUUUGAUGUGCAGAUAUGUAUACUACAUCCCUAUAGUCUAUGACUGUAAAUAAGAUUUUGUUCCACAAUGCUUUUGUCUUAUGAGAAAAUUAGGCUUUAUUUAUUUCCAUUCUUUCUUUCUUUUACAAUUGUUAAGCAUAUGAUAGUUAUUUAGCUCAAGGAUUGUACUCUAAUUUUGAAGGUAAUGCUUUAAGACCUAGGAGUCAUCACCCUCAAGCCGUAAAUAAAUGUUUAUUUUAUAUUUAACCUUAACCUGAAUUUGGAAAUUAAUAAUAAAGUUAAAUAUUAUUUUCAAAGUAAAGAAUAGUAAAUGUGAAGACUAUUGUCAGAUACAUCACACAAACAGCAGAAAUCUGUAUUGAUAGAAUCCUUGUUCACCUAGUUACAGUUACUAAUUAACGUUCAACGACGCGUUGCACAAGACAAUCUUCACAAAACAAAACAAUACACAUACGCUUUAUGUCAUCAAAUACAUGAGAGAGCCAACAGAAAUCUAUAUUUAAAAAAGACUAAUUUACAUAGUCACCAAACAUGCAGCAAUACUUUGCACAAUCUGAGCAAUACUGUGUUUUCACCUUCGAACUGAAAUAUCAAAGCAGAGUGAUUGAGUGGAUAUAUAUAGCCAACUGCAGAAGUAGGACCUGAAAUGACCAGUUUUACAUCAGGGUGGUAUUAAAGGAUCGCUAAAUUUAUAUCACUAUCCUCAGAUAUGUUUGCCUCAUUCCCAAACUAGAGAGAGCUCAUACUGACCCACAACACAAUCUAUACUGAACAAGACUCUGCAUAUACGCUUUAUGUCAUCAAAUACAUGAGAUAACCAGCAGAAAUCUGUAAUAAUAAAAGCCUAGUUUGUUUUAAUGUUUGGAUUGAAAUAUGAAAGCACAGCGAUUGAGAAGAUAUUGCAACAUUCAAAACUAAAAUACAGCGAGCUGCAGAAGUAGGACCUCAAAUGACCAGUUUUACAUCAAGGUGGUAUUGAAGGACCACUAAAGUCACCCCGGCCACUUUAUCUUAAUAACAUUGCUUGCAUGCAGUCGUCCUGUCCAUUUAACCUUGCAAUGUAAAACAUUGAAGUUUUUUGGAAACUACAGGCUUGCAUUACAGGGUUAAAGGGACACUAUAGUCACCUGAACAACUUUAGCUUAAUGAAGCAGUUUUGGUGUAUAGAUCAUGCCCCUGCAGCCUCACUGCUCAUUCCUCUGCCAUUUAGGAGUUAAAUCCCUUUGUUUAUGAACCCUAGUCACACCUCUCUGCAUGUGACUUGCACAGCCUUCCAUAAACACUUCCUGUAAAGAGAGCCCUAUUUAGGCUUUCUUUAUUGCAAGUUCUGUUUAAUUAAGAUUUUCUUAUCCCCUGCUAUGUUAAUAGCUUGCUAGACCCUGCAAGAGCCUCCUGUAUGUGAUUACAGUUCAAUUUAGAGAUUGAGAUACAAUUAUUUAAGGUAAAUUACAUCUGUUUGAAAGUGGAACCAGUUUUAUUUUUCUUGCAGGCUCUGUCAAUCAUAGCCAGGGGAGGUGUGGCUAGGGCUGCAUAAACAAAAACAAAGUGAUUUAACUCCUAAAUGACAGUGAAUUGAGCAGUGAAAUUGCAGGGGAAUGAUCUAUACAGGUGACUAUAGUGUUCCUUUAAAUCCACCUCCUAGUUGCUGUCUUCCUGACAGCCACUUGAGGUUCUUUUGCAGCACUCACUGAGUAAAACUCUGCGGAAGCCCCUGUAGGAAAAUGUUGAUUAACUCUUUACUUGGAGAAACAUUGAUGCACGCAUGGCACAUGCUGCACAUCAGGCCCCCAAUUAUUCUCUAUGAUGAUCAUUGGAAUGAACCAUACAAAAGGAGGUGAUGCCUCCUCCAUGACAUCGCGGGAGGGGGAGAGGUAAGCAGUGUCAAGGGAGCCUUGGUGCUUUAAAAAAGGUAAGAAAAACCUUUAUUUUAUUAUUUUUAAUCACACACACUGGAGGGACCUAUGUAUCUAGGGACAGAGACACUAAAACAAAUUUGUAAUACAGGUUUGUAUUCCUACCAUUUUAGUGUCUCUUUACAGUAAUACUCUAAGUACAAAAAUAACAUUAGCUUAAUUAAUAAGUUUUAGUGUAUAGAUCAUGCAAACAAAGUGACAAUCGUGAUCGUAAAAACCUUAAAAAUCUAAUCUGGUUUCCAAUACACAUAGUAAAUAAUUUAUACAAGGUAUUCAUUUAUCAAGAUUCUAAUAAAGAGCUUUAAAAUGUUUACUGUAUGUAUUUUCCCCCUCCCUAGCAGCACCCAAUUUAAGCAUGUUAGGUUUAGUGCAAUGAACCCCUUGUUUCUUCAUACAUAUUUGGCCUUGUACUGCAGAGAACUCGAGAGGAUUUUCCCAAGUGAGUAGCUCAUUUAGCAGACAUUAGGCAGUUAAAGUAGGACCUGCCGAAUAUGGGGUAUAUUGACGUUGUGGCAGGCUUAUGCAAUGUGUGAUCAUAUAAUGUAACAAAAUCCCCAUUGUUGUUUGCCUAGAUUAGGUGUUUUUAAUAAAACUUAUGAAAUCCGUCAGCACCAAAGUAGCUGUUUAGUAGAUAGGGAGUGCGCUGGUUUCUCAUUUUUUACCUUUAUAGGUUGGUCCACCACAUCUGUCAAACGUAUGGCUAUCAUCUCCCAGAACUGCUGAUUACAGAGCACUCCCACCAGGUAUGUAUCAUGGUUCCCCUCUCGGAUCCACACAGCCAGCAGAUGUCAGAGGUCGAUGCAAACAUGGACUAAAUGCCAGCACCAAAUAUCAUUUUCUUCUCAAUUCUAUGUGUGGUGUGCAAUGUGUGUAGGGAGUCUCUCCAACACCCUGGUGUAUCUGGACAGUGGCUGUAUCAUACCCAACAUUAAAGUAUCAUAGCAAAUAGGGGUCACUUCUUUAUUAUCUUUAAACCUUGCAAUAAAGUCAAGGUGAUGGGGUCCAUUUGGACUUCUUUAAAAGAUGAAGGUAUGACUGGUACAUAGAUGGGGCAAAUCAUGGGUUGAACUAGAUUGUGGAAAAGGCAGCAAAUUAUCUCUGCUCUAUAUUUUAUGAAUGAACUCUAGGCUUUGGCCUUCCCAACCCUUGCUAUCGAAUGUAGGGAUAAGAUAUUUGAAAUUUCUGAGUAGCUGGGGAAAGAGGACUACAAUUGGGAAAUUUUACUUUAUUGUCAUCCCAAGUUUUUAACAUCACAGAGGUCGUGGGUAGCCUAUUUUUCAUUUUCGGGUGCAAGGUUUUAGGUAUCCAUAAAAAAUAGUGGCGUCCUUCCCCUAGAGACCAAUGUCCACCCAAGGGGGUUUACUAUUGAUGUCUUGGGCCCCUAUCGCUUGGUUGAGUAGAGUGGCUGAAAAUAGACACGCAGUACCCAUGCCUCCAUCCAAUUGUUUUCUAGUGGCUGUGUUUUUGGGGAUGCAGGCUUUAUGACGACCAUUAAUAAAGCGGUCAACAUGGUUUUGUAGUUGGGAAAGGUAUGAUUUUGGAUUAUCUAUAGGCAAAGAACGAAACAUAAAUAGGAAUUUUAGGAGUAACUUUAUUUUAAAUGCUGCUAUGAAUUUGUCUUUCCAUCUGUCCAUGUGCGUGCAGUUUUCUUAAUAGGUUGUUGAAGUUUUUGGUCAAUUUUAUCCGCAAGUAUACUAUAUGGUCCUCCCUCCAGUCAAAGUUGUGGUGUUGCUUAAGGUUUUGCACCAUUGUAUGUUCUAGAUUUAUUGGCAUGGCUUGUGUUUUCAUCGUGUUUAGUUUGUAAUAUGAAAAUUUACUGUAUCAGUAAGUGCUGGAAGAGAUGUUUCAGGACGAGUAAUGGUUAAUAGGACGUUGUCUGCGAAGAGGCUGAGUUUAUGUUCUGUCGUACCUAUCUGGACACCUGAUAUGGUGUCAUUGGCUCUGAUUUGGUACGCUAGAGGUUCAAGUGCUAAAACAUAUAUAGAAGGGGGGGGGGAGUAGACGUCCCUGACAUGUAUCGUUCUUUAUAGCAAAGGGUUGAGACAUAAAGCCUCCAUGCAUCACUAGCCGCAGGCAUGUUCUAGAGCGCCUUGACCGCUGAUAGAAACUGGUCAGGGAAUUGGUAUUUCCUCAACACUGCUUCCAAGAAGUUCGAGCUCAGCCGGUUGAACACUUUUUCUGCAUCCAGAGAAAGCACAAGACCUUUUUUAAUAUCCAGUACUCUCCUAGUUGUAUCCGUCCCUUGCCUACCUUUUACAAAAGCCGGGCUGGUCAGGGUGUAAGCGUCUGAAGGGCCUCUUUCACCCUGUUGCCUAUAUUUUUUCAAAUAGUUUAGCAUCUGAGUUAAGUAAAGAUAUGGGCCUAAAGUUUUCACAAUGGGUCCGGGGUUUCUGUUCUAAUUUAUUUUAGAGGUUACACUCUGUGUGUUGGUGACAGAACAAAUUUUACUCUGUUGAAAUCGAUGAGAUAUCUUUGGAGUGCAGAUACCUAUAUUACAUCCCCAUAGUCUAUGACUGGCAUUAACAUUUGUACCACAAUGCAUUGUCUUGUGGGAAAAUCAUGCUUUAUUUCUCUCCAUUCUUUCUUUCUAUUUUUUUUUUUUUAGUUGUUAAGCAUAUGAUAGUUAUUUAGCUCAUAGAUUGUACCUGGAUGUUGAAAUGGUCCCAUGAAACUGCAAGCACUGUUUCUAAAUUAGUAAGGUACUGCAUUAUCUUUUAGGAGCCAUCACGCUCAAGCUCUAACUAAGUGUUUAUUUUAAAUUUGACCUGAAUUUGGAAAUGAUUCAUAAAGGAGAAUAAUAUUUUGAAAGCAUACAGUAGUCCAUGUGCUACCCUUUGUCAAAUACAUCACGCAAACAGCUGCAAUUUGUAUUGAUAGAAUCCUUAUUCACCUGGUUACAUAGUAACUAAUUAACGUGGAACGACACGUUGCACAAGACAGUCUUUUUAAAAAAAACAAAACCAAACAAACAAUGCACAUACGCUUUAUAUCAUCAAGCACAUGAGAUAAGCAGCAGAAAUCUGUAUUAAUAAAAGCCUUAUUUACAUAGUUACCAAUUAACAUGCAGCAACACUUUGUUCGAUUCUGUGUAAUCACCUUUGAAUUGAUAUAUGAAAGCACAGUGAUUGAGAGGAUAUUGCAUCAUUCAACACUAAAAUACAGCCAACUGCAGACGUAGGACAUCAACUUACUAUUUUUACAUUCGGGUGGUAUUAAAGGACCACUAAACUCGCCUCCUUAUACCCAGAUAUGGCUCCACUAAUGUUUGCCUCAUUCCCAAACCAAGGAAAGCUUAUACUGAAGCAGGCCCAUCUUCCUGUUGAUUAUGAAAUUAAUAGCCACGGUACUUGCGAAAAGAAUGAACCCCUUUUUAGGAAACUUUUUUUCCCCGGACCAGCCCAGAUUUAUUGUUAAUUGUCCGGCUACAGAUAACACUAAGCAAUGUGUAGAUCUACCCAUAGAUGCUACUCUGUGGCAUUGAUAUCCUUAGACACCAAGAAGGCAUUCAGCUGGGGAAGCUUGGAUGCACUAGUGGAAACUGAUGUGCACAUGAGGCUUCUAAUGCUCCUCAAUGAGGAUCAUUGGAUUGGACCACACUUGAGGAGGCUAUGCCUCCUCCAUGAGGUCUUGGGAGGAGGAGAUAUAAGCAGCAUACGGUGCUUGGCACUUUAAAAAAGUAAGUAAAAACUUUUAUUUUAAUAGUUUUAAUCGCACACAUGGGGGGUCCUAUAUAACUAGGGACAGUAACACUAAAGUGCUUAGAAUACAGGUUUGUAUUCCUAAAGUUGUUGUGUUCCUUUAGCUUAAUAAAACAGUUUUACUGUAUAGAUUUUUAAGCAUCCAUAUCAUGAUUUUGUCACUUUGCACACUAUGAUCUAAUUUGUUUUCCAACACACAUAGUACAUAUUAUAAAAAAUCAUUCACUUGUUAAACAUUAAAUGGACACUACAAGCAUUGAAACAACUGAAUCAGACCAUGCCCCUGUAGUCUCCCUGCUCAAUUCUCUACCAUUUAGGCGUUGAAUCACAUUUUGUUCUGCCCAUGCGUCCCUUGCCACUCCUCCCUUGGCUAUGACUCACACAGCCCGUUUUAGAAAAAUGGUUUAAUUACUAAUCAGAUGCUAAAUUUCUUUUAUCUACUUCUCUGUAAACUUCAGUCUCCUGAAUGCUCUACAAGGCAAUUAACAGAGCAGGAGAGAAGAAAUUCUAGAUUAAACAGAAUGUGCAGUAAAAGAACCUAGAAUAUCGAUCUAGGUCAAAAACAAGGGGUGGUGUGGCAAGGGCUGCAUAACCAUAAACAAAUGUGGUUUAACGCCUAAAUGACCGAGAAUUGAGCAAUGAGACUAUAUGCUAAAGUUGUUUUUGUACCUACAGUAUCACUUUAAUGGAGUGGUUGUAGUGUGUAGUGUAUAUAUCAUGCUCCUGCAUUCUCACUGCUCGGUUAUUUAUUCUCCUCAAAGGUGAGAAUAAUUUCUCUAUAUGGCCUUAAACGAACUUGGUGCAGCAGAUAAUAGUUUGUUAUUUGAAGAAACCUUUGUCAUGGAUUAAAAACCUGAUAUGGCACAAAGCUCAAUGAAGCGGGUGUUUACACCCCAAUUUUUUAUGUGGGAAUGGGAAAGUGUCUGUCCAUGGUUUUACGGGUUUCCUCAGAACCGAGGCUCAUUCUCCAAACAUGCCACUUACUCCGAAUUAAAACCAGCACCAUUCUGCCUAUCUCAUGGGAGGCCAUGGGUUUCUCUAGGCAAUCGUUGCGACUUUUCCUGGAAGAGACCCUACAGUAAGCACCUUAACUCACCUUUAUUCCCAUCCAGAAAUGAGGGGAAAUGUAGCUCUCUUUGCUCAUAUGUGGCCAUUGAUAACCUCCGAUGUAUGGGUAUUACAUACCGCUUAGAACCGAUUUACUUUCCUAUUUAGUUUCUCUCUUCGAAAGUGGUAGAGUUUAUCGGAUGGUUAAUCUUUAUAGGUCGGCUAUUUCAACCAGUCAAUCAGUCCUGGAUGGUGGUCAUAUUGGUUGUCAUCCCUUUGUUUGCCAAAUUCUUAAAAAAAAAAAUAGUUUUGCUAGGCCACUUGCUCAUUGAUAUUCAUCGUUUUGGGAUGUCCAUGUAGUCCUACGUUUUCUAGACUCUUGGAAUCAGAAUUUAGAUCUUUCUUUGAAACAAUUGUUAGCCAAACUAGUUACUAUGUUCAGUUUAGUUUCUGAUGUGCGUGCCUUAGAUCGUUACACACACUCUUUUGUUCCAGGUUGAGUUGUGUUUGCUGUCUCCCAUCUAACAUAAACGUAAAUGAAUGUGAGCCAAAACGUUGAUGUAUAUUCUUUUAUUUUAUAUAUGAAUUAAAAGUUAUAUUUUAUUUACAUUAUCAAAGACCCUGGAGUGCAUUCCAUUUUCCAGGAUAUCUAUGUAUGUAUCUUUAUUUUUUUUUAUUUUAUUUUUUUUGUCUUUUCCGAACAAAAGUCUUGCAUACGGAGUCAUUUCGUAUGUUGUCAGGUUCUCCCCUCUUUGUUUUUUUUAUUGCCAACCUCAUCAUCCAGGUUCCAAGCCUUCUUUGGCUCAGUGGGUUAAACGGUUGUUGUCAUUGGCAAACAUUUGAUACAUUUAUCUUCGACUUCCAUUCUAUUAGCGGUUCCACAGCUUCAAAGGCUUUAGUAUUGGGAUGUCAUUUGGAAGAUAUCAUGAAAGCUGCCGACUGGUUUUCAGAAUUAACAUUUCAAGUUUUUUAUUUUUGUUUGUUUUGUUAUUUUUCGUAUUAAGUUGUUGCUUAGCUUUAAACUGGCAUAAUAGGAACUUCCAUGUCAUAAUAAAAUUCACCAAUUUUACUAGUUACAUGAUGUAAUGUCAGGAUUUUAGUAAUGGCAUGGAGGCGAGCAUUAUUUCCACAUAUUUUGUUAACUCUUUCAUAUGUUUUGUUUCUCUCAUUGUUUUUUUUACUUUGUUGCUGAAGGAAUAAAGGAAAGACAAUCACAUAAUACUUUUCUUCAUGUCGUUCAUAAAAUCGUGACUUUAAAUCAUGUAAAUAGUAAAAUCUGGUAAUUUUCAAUUACAUCUGACAACACAGGUGUUAUCUUUAGAAAUUUUUCAUGUCCUCAAGUUUAAUAAAACUCAGGAGGUUCCUGCAGGCUAUUAACAGAGCAGGAUAAAUUCUAAAUUAAGCAGACUGUGCAAUAAAUUAAGUUUAGAUCUCUCUUUACAGGGAAUAUGUAGAGCGACAGUGUAGUUCACAUGCAGGGUAGCAUAAACAAAGUGAUUUAAUUCCUAAAUAGCAGAGAAUUGAGCAGUGAGACUACACUGGCAUGACCUAUACACCAAUACCACUCCAUUGAGCUAAACUUGUUUUGGUGCUUAUAGUGUCUAUUUAAAGCGGUUUGUUGGAAUCUUAAUGAGAGAAUAACUUUCACUAUGUGUUUUGGAAAUCAAAUUAGAUUUCUAAGGUUCCACAUCACAAUUUUGCUGCUUUGUUUUAAUGUUUAAUUCUCUGGCCAGUAGAUUUUCCAGGACACUACAGAGUGAAUGACCAGCCACGCGUUGCAGAGACAGACCUGGGCAAGAUAGUAUUUGCACCCAGGCAGCAGAGCUAUCUUUCACAAAAGCCCAGCAGUGUCUCCAUGGGCUUCAGUCUAAUAACUGUGACUUGCUUCACAGCACAUACAAAUUCAGAAUAAGGUAUAUAUUAUUACUCGUAGACCCUUUCUCUUAUCUAUAUAUAAACCAAUGCAAACAUUGAUUUUAUUUUAGGGUUGACAGAUCCUUUAAAAUCGCUUAUAAUAAUGUAUAUAAUUACCAGAUUUUACUAAUUUCAUGGCGUAAAGUCAUGAUUUUAUAAAGGACACGGAGGCGAGUAUUAUGCUUUACUCUUUCUUUUAUUCCUCAGCAGCAAAAGAAAAUAUUGUGUAUAUAUAUUCAAUGAAAAAAGAAAACAAUUCAAUAACACUACAUCAUAACUUCUAAAGGGUUAACCAAAUGCCACAUAAGAUCCAAUCAGAAUGUCCCUAUUACAAUAAAGCCCCAUGUGACCCUAAGCCACUCCUCUUUCUUUUGGUGUUGCUGAUGGACACUCCAAAAUUCCACAAUGAAAAUAACCAGUAGUCGUAUAGAGAACCGUGAAUCCAGCAGAAGAUGACGUCGAUAAAAAACCAAAAACCCUCAAGAAAAAACUGGUCAUCCUCCAUCCGCACACCUCCGGGCAUGCCUGGAUCAUUAUGGCACUCCAAUUAGAAAGCUGUAAGACAGAGAAACGAGAUGGUAAAAUGUGUUCUUGGAUAAUAUUUUUCCACGUUCAUAUUCCAACGCUAUCUAAACACUAGAUCAUUCUCAUGUUAUUCACUCAAGUGGAAAUAAAAUAACACAUUACCACCCAGCUCCAGUCCCAUAACAUACAUUACAUUCCCAGAGGAGGGCAACUUGCCUUUAUUGGGUGGGAUAAUACUCGCCUGCGUGUCCUUUAUAAAAUCAUGACUUUACGUCAUGAAAUUAGUAAAAUCUGGUAAUUUUAUUAAAGGACACGGAGGCUCCUAUUAUGCUAGUUCAAAGCUGUGUGAUCACUGACGUGGAAAAAUGGGAAACCGGGCGGAAAUAAAAGUCCCGGAAUGUAGAUUCUCUCGACCAAUCGGCUGCUCGGAGGAGAUCUUCCAAUUUACAGCCCAAUGAAAAAGCUUUUGAUGCCAUCGCACCUCUCACUGAAUGUGCUCCGUAUGUGGAAGUAUCAUGCCUGCCGACGUCAUGAUCCAUUUGACCCAGCGAGAUAUGGUGACUGUAGAAACCGGACAAUGCGGUUGUCGAAUAGCCAGGAAUAGGUCUGCACAUUGAGGAUCUCGGACCGCCGCCGUCCUUGUUUUGUACUCCUUGAGACAGGCUACUGGGCAUAAGUUACUGUUAUGUGGAAAAGCGGGGUAAAAAACCUUUGUGAUGGAUGUUUUUGUACGUCUCGAUAUAUCAAAGGCCACCCCUUCCGGUGUAUAUGAGCGUGCCUGAAUGUCCAAUGCUUGUACAUCUGAGACCCGUUUACAUGAGAUGAGACAAAACUACGUAACCAAUUUUGCGGUGAGUUGCUUGAUCGACAAGUCUUCGUUCCUUGGCCAACUUUCAAAAAGUCAGAGAACGAGGUUCACAUCCCAUACCUCCGAAUACCUAGGCCGUGGUGGUCGUACAAAUUUUAUGCCCCGUAGGAGUCGACAUACCAUCGGAUGUUUCCCUGUUUGAAUUCCAUUCCAACCUGCGUGCCCUGCUGAGAUAGCUGACCUAUAUAGAUUAAUUGUACGAUACGCCAGGCCGUGGUCGAAAAGUGAAGUGAGGAAACCCAAGACUUGACUCACAGUUGCAGAUAUGGGAUCCACGUGUUGUUCCACGCACCAACCAUACCAUGCGUUCCAGGCAUGUAAAUAUGAUUUCCUUGUACCUGGGGCCCAAGCUUCUGCCAGUAGGUCCAGAGUUGUUUGUGGAACAUUUGGGAUGUCAUCAAGUCCCCUAAGAGGAGCCAUGCCAAAAGCUUGAAAUGUCCCUGCAGUAUGAGAGGAUGUGGAUUGCCAUAGGGAUCCAGGAGAAUGUUGUCGUGUACCGGUAGUAACCUCGGCAGAUCUAUUGACAGUUCCAGGAGUGUAGGGAACCAGGGUUGAGACGACCAGAAGGGAGAUACGAGGAUUAGAGAAGUUCGGUGUUGUCUGAGGUGCAGCAAGGUCCGUGCGAUGAGAGAAAAGGGGGGAAAAGCGUAAUGUCUGGCAUUCGGCCACUGUUGUCGGAAAGCGUCCAUCGCUAGAGCCUCCGGAUCCGGCCUCCAACUGAAAAACCUCGGUAAUUGCGUGUUUAGUCGUGAAGCGAACAGGUCGAUGUCCAGUGGUCCCCACAGUGAUUGCAAAUGGCUGAAGGUGGCCGGGUUCAGCCGCCAGUCGCUGGCAUCUCGUAGAUGUCUGUAGUUCCAGUCUGCUACUACAUUGCUCAUCCCCGGGAUGUGUUCCGCUUGCACUUAUAUGUUGCGAUCCAGGCAGAACUGCCAGAAAUCCUUCGCUAAUUCCGGAAGUAUUGCUGACCUCAUGCCCCCGAGGUGGUUGAUAUAACGGACCGCUGAAACGUUGUCCAUGCGUAACAGGAUGGAACAGUUGGUCGACACGUUCAAAAGACUCCGUAAAGCAAACAAACCUGCCAACAGUUCGAGGCAAUUGAUAUGAAGUCCCUGUUCCUCCCUGGACCAUCUUCCUGCGGUGGAGAAAGGUCCACAGCGCGCACCCCAACCGAGCAAGCUGGCAUCAGAUUCCACUAUGAGGUCCGGAGCUGUUACGAAGAUCGCGCGACCAUUCCAGGCUUCCAUGUGAUUUCGUCUUUGGCGGCACAGUCGAGAGGAACAGAAUCUGAGUGUGAGUGCCCCAAACGAAGGUAUUUUGCCUUUAAUCGUUGAAGUGCUCUGUAGUGUAGGGGUCCGGGAAAGAUGGCCUGAAUUGACGCCAAGAGGAGGCCUACAAUCCUGGCCAGCUGUCUCAAAGUAAGGACAGGACGUGUUAGCGUCCGCUUGAGCUCCUUUUUGAUGGCCUUGACCUUGGUCGUUGGGAGUAGGAGUGUUCCGGUCACCGCGUCUAUGGUGAAUCCCAAGAAUUCUAUUGCUUGCGAGGGUUCCAUGACCGACUUCUCCCAGUUGAUCAGAAAACCUGGGCUUUCUAACAGAUUUCUCGUCCAAGAGAAAUGUUCGUGCAACAGAAGCGGGUCUUGCGCCAUGAUGAGGAUAUCGUCCAGGUAUAUUAUGAGCCGUACUCCCCUGCUGCGUAGGAGGGCGACCACUGGUUUCAUGAGCUUUGUGAAGCACCAGGGGGCCGAUGAGAGACCGAACGAAGUGGCUUAGGGUCACAUGGGACUUUAUUGUAAUAGGGACACUCUGAUUGGUUCUUAUGUGGUAUUUGGUUAACCCUUUAGAAGUUAUGAUGUAGUGUUAUUGAAUUGUUUUCUUUUUUCAUUGAAUAUAUAUACAAUAUUUUCUUUUGCUGCUGAGGAAUAAAAGAAAGCGAAAAGCAUAAUAAGAGCCUCAGUGUCAUUUAAUAAAAUUAGAAGCAAAGGGACAAACAAAAGAAAAAUACAUUGAGGUUUAAUCUCCUAUUCAAUUCUAUAUUUUAUGGAGUAUAUAGGUUAUCAUAUUGUAAGGGGGUCUGUUGUAGCAACCAAUGAUAAUGUAAGACAAUUGUUAUUUUUAUUGUAUCUUUUGUAUUCAUUAUAAUAUGUAUCUUUUGUUAACACAAUGUGUUAAGUAACACGAGAUUUUUUUUUUUAUAAUAGUCCAGUUUUGAAAAGUGCUUAUACUGCCAUCUAGUGAUGUAAUGAAAAUAAAAAAAAUGCAAAGUCAAAAUAUCUGUGUAUGAAUAUAUUAUUUAUGAAGAGAGAAGUAUACUUAGUAUGUCAGUACUAUUAAGUAUACUUAGUAUAAUACUUUUAGUAUAGUACUUACAGUAUUAAUGUAGAUUGGGCAUCCACUUCUUUUUAUGGAUCACAAAGUCCCUUAAGCAAAGAAGGAAGAAUUCAUCAUGUUACCAGUUUAUAGUUGAAGAUUAAGUGCACAGAACUUGGCCCAUAUUGAGAUUAUAUUGACUUGUAAUUUUUGAUAUUGUUCUACAUACAUGGGAUUUGAGUUCCCUAUCUAAGAGGUAAAAUUGUCUGCUUGAGAUAUUACCACCGUAGGUCGGUAAUCUAUAUAUCUGAAGAAAUAGGAUUCCGUUGACUAUUUAGAAAGGCACUGUCACACCAAUGUUACCUUUCUCCUAUUUUUUCCUCUUCUCUUCCUCUCUCAGAAUCUGUUCUUCUUUUCUUUAUUAUUGAUUUAGUUUUCUUUAAACCUAAAACAACUUUUGUCUUAUGUAUUUUUCCUGCGGUUGACUUUCUGUGACCAAAGGAGGAGCUUAAGUCGGCUCCAUUUCCUGUGUCAGAGAAAGUACACGCCCUUCUCUUUAACACAUAAAAUGGAGCUGAUGUAAGCUCCUCAUUUGGUCAUAGAAAGUCAAGCUUAGGAAAUAUACAUAAGACAAAGUAGUCCCUACUUUGUCUUAUGAUUUAAAGAAAACUAAAUCAGAAAUAAAGAAAAGAACAGUUUCAGAGAGAGGAAGAGAAGAGGACACAAUAGGAGAAAGGUAAGUUCAGUGUGACAGUGCUACUUUGAAGAAGAUGGUUUAUGUUUAGUUAAAGUUUUUACAUGGUUUACCCCUCUCUCUUUUCUUUACACACCAGGUGAGGACGUGUGUGUUGUUGGAUAUGGGGCUUUUGGGGAGAACUGUGGUCCUUCAGUGACUUCUGGGAUCCUGUCGGCAGUAAUUUGCACAGAAGAGUCCCCAGUCAUGCUUCAGACAACCUGUGCUGUUCAUGGAGGCUCAAGCGGGGGUCCGUUGUUCGCAACACAGUCUGGGGAACUUCUUGGUAACUAAACUUCCAGUUACAUGCAUGCUUUACAAUACACAUGAAAUAUAACUAUCAUCACUCAGAUGUGUCCAACUGCUCCACUCCAACUGCUUUUUGACUAUAUAUCAAAUACUCUUCUCCCAUAAUUCUCGACCACUCACUUUUUUUGACUGCGUCCUUUUUAUUGUAGUUAAUCUGCAGAGCUUGCAGUCCUGUGUAUAAAUUGGUCUCCCUCUUCACAUGCCCUAUUCUAUAAAGAGAUAUCAUUCUAGCCAAUGCAUGAUUUUGAUUAAUUACCUCAUAGUAAUAGUCUAAUUCUGUUUUUGUUUUAUUUAAGGCAUUGUUGCAAGUAACACAAGAGAUAACGGUACAGGAGCUACAUAUCCCCACCUCAAUUUCAGCAUUCCGCUCACAGUUCUCCAGGCUGCUUUACACCGAUAUAUAGAGCAUGGCGAUGUGCAAGGCUUUCAGGUGCUUAACAGGGUCACACACAGUGUGAGAGAUGUGUGGCGUCUACAGAGGAAACCAGAAAAAGCUUUUCCUAGCAAACUUUAAGCAACGAAUAAGUAAGCUGUUACAUGAAAUAUUCAAUGACUCCCAAACCUCUUUAAACUGGACACCACUGAUGGAUCAUACAUUGUGUAUGUCAGGUAUGCCAGAUUAUGAUGACUUUUUAGCGUGUCCUAGGUGAAAGAUGAACUAGCAAAGAUGAACUGAAAUUGUGUAAACCUGAUCUAAGACGACUCCAUUUUGUUUAAUACAUAAGGUAAACUAAAGAGGUAUAACAAGGCACAUUCUGUUCUGAUGUCACUGAAUAAAAGUGACAUCAUAUAAGUGUGUGUGUGUGUGUGUGUGUAUAUAUAGGAAGGUUUGGCCUGAAAUUGUGGGAGGGGCUAUGUGCCUUUAAAAAGGGACUCCCCCCUUCCCUACAUUACCGUGAUUGGUUCCAGACAUACUCUUGGCCCACCCUCCACUCCCUCUAUUCAACUUUAUCUAAGGUAGGUCCACUCUAUUUUAAGGCCUACCACAUACGUCGGUAUCGGCACACCUCAACCUACUUUGCUUAUUAAAGGUAGAUGACUUUAUCUCUAUUUCAUUUCAUAACUGAAAUGGCCCCGAACACAAAUAAAUAUAUACGAUACCAGUAGAGAGCACUCAGGAGUCUUUCAAGGUAAAUUUCAUCUGUUGCUUUAUUGAGCAAUUACAAAUUCACACAACGUUCCAGUCGACGUUUCAGUCUGUAAAAUACUUUUUUCAAUACAAUUGUGUAUGUGAGAUGGAUACCUUUAUAUACA